AUGGGAGUCCACCGCGAAUCGUCUUCCUCGAACCUCGAGUCGGGAUAUGCUUCUGGAGCAUCUUCUCGUAGUUCCCUUCCUCAAAUCGUCCUCACCAAAGCUCACCUUAAAUUCAUCAAUUCAACACUCAACAACCUUCAACCUAUGGAAAUCCUCCGAUGGGCUAAAAUGACCUUCCCAAACCUCUACCAGACUACUGCUUUCGGAGUGACCGGUCUGGUCACCCUUGAUAUGUUGAGCAAAAUCCAAAAGGAAACACCCGAACUACCGAGCAUCGAUGCUAUCUUCCUCGAUACCUUGUAUCACUUCAACGAAACGCUCGAGUUGGUAGAGAAGACGAAGAAUAAAUAUCCAAACGUCAACUUGCAUGUUUAUAAACCCGAAGGAUGUUCUACUGUUGGAGAAUUUGAGGGAAAACAUGGAAAUGAAUUAUGGAAGGUCAAUGCCGACUUGUAUGAUUGGGUUGCCAAAGUCGAACCUGCUCAACGGGCAUACAGUGAGCUGAAUGUUGCUGCGGUCUUGACUGGUAGAAGAAGAAGUCAAGGUGCCAAGAGAGAAAGUUUGGAUAUCGUUGAGGUGGAUGAGGCUGGCAUGAUCAAGAUCAAUCCGUUGGCAGGAUGGAGUUUCAAGGAGGUGCAAACAUAUAUCAAGGAGAACGAUGUUCCGUACAACGACUUGUUGGAUCGGGGAUACAAAAGUGUUGGGGACUGGCAUUCAACAGAGCCAGUAAAGGAAGGCGAAGAUGAACGUGCUGGAAGAUGGAAGGGUACCGAAAAGACUGAGUGUGGAAUUCAUAACAAACGAUCAAAGUAUGCACAGUACUUGUACGAAACGGAACAAAAGAAACAACAAGAGGAAUUGGCCGCAGCACUAGAGAAAGUGCAGGUUGGCGAGGAGAAGAUUGAGAAUAUCAUUGUCGGAGUAUGA